AUGUGCUACCGGCUGAGAGCUGCGUCGAAGACCAUGCAUGCGUGGAGCCGAACGGUUUUUGGCUCCAUUAAGAGGCAGAUCGCUCAUCUUAAAGGGCAACUCAUUGAGCCAAAGGAGCGAGCUGCACGAACUGGAUACAGGCAGGAGAUUAAGGACAUCGAGGACCAACUACACGAACUCUAUGAACGUGAGGAAGUGUAUUAUAAGCAGAGAUCUAGGAUUGACUGGUUGACUGAUGGGGACAGGAACACGCAAUACUUCCAAAACCGGGCCUCGCAUCGCAGACGGAAGAACACGGUGAAAGGCCUGAGGAGGGAUGAUGGGACAAAAUGCAUAGAUGAUGAAGGAAUGCGCAGGAUGGCAGCACAGUUUUAUGCCCAUUUUUUGCUUCUGAAGGUUGAAGGGAUGGGCAGCGAGUAA